UGUGCAGGAAGUGCCGGAUUAUAUCAAUAUUGAAAGCAGCGGAAGUGAAUCGAACAAAUUUAUAUGCUUUAAUUUCGUUCCGAAAUGCAACUUUAAUCGAGGAUUUAGAGGCCAGAUUUGGAGCAGUCAUGUCGAAGGUUGAUCGCUUGAACGCUCGUGUGUCGAAGCUCCUGACGGUAGCUGUUCAGGAAGUGCUGGAGAUCGUGAGAGAAACGGUGUGUGAAUAUCAGGAAAAAAACGCUCGAACACUGAGAGAAAAUGAGAGACUGCGGAGGAAAUUGCAUGAGUUACAGGACAAAUCACACACAGAUGGUACCAGUCCUAAAACGCAGAUGAGGGUCCAACCUGAGUCUUCCCAACAUCAAGAGCCGAGUGAUACUCGGAACACUGUGCAGUCCGAAGAGAACGAUCUAUUCACUGAAAGCAAAACUGCAGUAAAUGAACCACAAUACAGCCACUGUCGCACCAAUCUGUCACAUAAUAUCAUGUCUCCCUCCCUCAGACAUCCUCACCAAACACAGUUUCAUGUCAAAGAAGAAGUGAAGCUGCUCAAUCACAGUCCGUCAUCCAACUGCAACUCCAUCACUGCUGUCCAAAUGCUGCCAAAUGAAACAAAUACAUCCUCACUAACACACCACAACAAAGACACUAACCACGAUGAGUCAGGCAGUGAAUUGACUGUCAGCCCGACUUUGAAAAAAAUCAAAGUGGAAACACAAAUUGACAAUGUGGCUUAUGUUUCCAAGGAGUCAAUUUAUGACCAUAGUAUUGAUCAGACUGAACUAUCGUUAGAUCCGCAGCAACUUCUGAAUUCCCAAUUUCUCGGACAGGAUAUAAACGGCAUAUCGUACAACAGAAAUACCAGCAAUGCGCCAGUCUUGAGGUUCCUCCCACAACACCAUCGAGCUGAAAAGCGUUUCUGCUGUGGACUCUGCGGCAGGAGCUUUAGCCAUGCUGGAGAUUUCAAGAAGCACAAGAGAGUACACACAGGAGAAAAACCCUAUCUGUGCACCAUAUGUGGCAAACACUUCAGUCAGUCUGGCUACUUGAAGAUUCAUCAGAGGCAUCAUACAGGAGAGAGACCAUACAGCUGCGGCCUGUGUGGGAAAUGCUUCAGCCACUCGAGCAACUUCAAAAAACACCAACAGACUCACAUUGGACAUAUGUGUUAAGGGUACAUUUUGUCAUUUGUGCUCCACUAAUGCACCAAAACCACAUCUAUAUGGUUCUGUCAGUGUGUGGUCAAUGUCAAUAUGGUAAAGCAUUGCCAAGAUACAGCCUCAGAUCAUUGUAGUAGUCUUGCCAUCUAUUUCGUUGAUGCAUUAUUCAAGAAUCGUUUGGUCUGUCAAAAAGCUUUUGAUAAAUUAGUCAUGAGUGUUCCUGGAUGAUACACAACAAAUUUCAUGUGAAUCAGAUGUACAUUCUUGGAAGAGUUAGAAAAGGUAGGUUUUCAACUAAAUUCAAAAUUGCUGACAGGAAGUAUGUCUAUCCAUGUCGAAUUUAGCAUCAUCGCACUCGGAAUGAUCCAAGGAAGCUAAGAACUAAGGAAGCUUAAAAAGUCAUUGAAAAGUUAUAAGCAUUUUAUAAUAUCAUUUGACCACUAGGUUGCGCAGUCUUCAAACGUUUUGAGUACCUUCGGGACCCAAUGACACCAUGACCCAAAUUUCGUAAUGAUAUGACAAUGUGUUUCUAAAAUAAAGCAAUUUAAGUCAAAAUUCUAAAUGGCCUACAUAGGAAAAUUGGGUAUCAUUCCAUUUGUUAUGCCCCAAGGAAUGUAAAGAGACACGUCUUGUGAUUUUAGGCCAAACUAUUCAGAAUAAUGAAAAAAAAAUGUCAUAUCUCUUGACCACUGUGACAAAACUGUGCAGUUACCCUAAAGUCAUGCUUGUGUUGACCAAGUUUUUUGUCAAGCUGCUAAGCGUUGUGAAUAUACAGCCUUACGUCUGGCGAUUUUGGCAUGAUCGCCGUCGAUUUCUAUGCCUUAUACGAGAAUAGUUUGGUCACCGCGAAUUCUAUAUCUUUUUGUUAUGAGUGUCUGUAGUGUCUCUCUGCAUGUGCUAAAUUUAAAGCAAGUCGGAAAUACGAUCUAGGAGAAGUUUAAAUAAGUGGGUUUUUCUGAAAAUUUUAAAUACCCUAAAAUCUAGUGGGCGGAGCUUCGAAACGAUAUGAGCCAUUGGGACUCGGCAUGACCCAAAGUAUCGGAGGCAAAAUAAUUUUGUUUCUAGGACUUAUGGAUGUAUAGGCCGAAACAUGUGCAACUUUGAACAGUUGGUGGCACUAGAGGGUUUGAGUUAGAUACCCCAAAUUUGUAGACUUGUUUCUCUGCAGAAUAAAAAUGUCCGUAUGACAAUAAGUGAGCAUAUUUCAACAGCUUUACACAAUUUUCCUACUUCAUUGGAUAGUUGAGAAACAUGCAUUCCAGUUUGAAAACGGCUACAGAUUCAGAAACAUCCAUUAUUGUUCUCCAUAGACCUAUACUUACAAAUUUAGGUCAGUUACAUUUGAAAGUAUCCUCUAUCAGUGUGCCAAAUUUCAUAACUUUCCUAUUUAGGGUUUAUAGGCUGCCGUAGAUUAUAGAACCGUGGAAUAAGAAGAAGAACACUUAUGGAUACAAUAGGUGCCUGCCUACGCACAUUCAGUGCCUGGCCACUAAAAAUAAUGACACAGGUUUUCUGAAAAGCCCCCCAGCCAUUGGUUGGAAAACAGAUAGUCUCUACCCAAACUCAUGUCAUUGGUUACUCCAGAAGCUAACAUGUCAGCUGCUGAAACUGAGACAUUUUUUUUAAAGCACCACAAAGUCACAAUGUUUACAUUCUUCAGGAAGUCAGACUUCUAAAGGUUUACUUACAGUAACUUACCUUUUUCCUGAACAGGGAAACGCUUCACAAUUCAUAACGGAAACCUUCUCCAGUGUUUUCACUCCCAUUGGCAUAUGUUUUUAGCAGGUAAUGUGAUGUUUAGCGUAUUCAUUUAGUAAAAAUGUCCAAAUAAAAAACAUGUGGCUUAAUAGUGCCUAUAUUUUGCAGACUCGUGAUGACCGUCUUUUUGACAGUUCCACACCCGAUUGGGUAGAUGACAUGAAGCGAUGGACCGUGGUUAGUUACGUUGAUAUCAUAAACUACUUUGAGUUGUUAUUACAGCCAACAACUGCACAAGUUGAACCUGAACUCAACAUUUCGGUAGUUUUUUUUUACAUUCCUUCUUAUGGAGACCUGAAAAAAAAAACAGUCUAGCGGCAAUCACAAUCACCAUGUGGUUGGUCAGGAAAACGUUUGAUAGUUUAAAUGGUUUAGAAAUAAGUAUAUUAAUGUGCAAAAUAAGUAUCCAAGUAUUUUUCUACAGUACAUGUUUUACUGCAUAUUCAGAUCUAGUAUCAGUUAAUGCUAAUGUACAUUUUUAAAAAUUACCUCACAAUUCUUACAUGGAUGAAAAGGUAAACAUUUAACUCAUAAAUUAGUGAUAAAUGUAAAGGGAUUUAUUUGUGAUUAUUACCCGUAUUAUGAGUAAUAUGAAAGUACUGAUGCACCAGGCAUUAUCUAAAUCAUAGCUACAUUCUAAAAACUCCUAUGUGUGUUUCUAUGGUUGGUGUAACUGUGUCUAAAUUUAAUUAUUAAAUAAAUA